AUGAGCAUCGACAACACUGAUUUGCAAACCAAAAAUAAUCACUAUCACUGUUACCUAUUGCGGAGUCAGGAUCCAAAGCAUCAAAACAAGACAUAUGUCGGAUUCACAGUGAACCCCUGCCGUCGGAUUCGACAGCACAAUGGUAUCCUGAAGCACGGGGGUGCUAGGAAAACCAAGCGAAGUGGUCGUCCUUGGGAAUUUGCGGUAGUGGUUCAUGGGUUUCCCAGUCAGAAAUCUGCGUUGCAAUUCGAGUGGGCAUGGCAGCACUGUGACAAAUCACUCCUUGUCAGAGCUGUUUUGGGAGAUGACGCUGCCAAAACUUUGAAACGGAAACGAGGAUUGAAGGGGCAACUUUGGAUUCUUAAAACGGUUACAACGCUGUGUCCUGAUCUCUUUCGGCAUAAAUCUCUUUCUUUGUUCUUUUUUGACGAGACCACGCGACAAAUGUACAAUAGCAUUGCUGUGGAUCAUGCAUUCACAACGUUUUCGAAAGAUUGGACAAUACAGACUCGAGUUGUACUUUCUCUCCAGGACAUGCCGUUUUGGUCGACUCGAAACAAGGGGGGGGCAAGAAAACAAUCAGCAAAGCCUUCAAGAAGCGAAGAAGUUGGGAAAGAAAAUAGUGAAGAAAAUGUGCAAGACGACACUAGAAAAAAAUCCAACGAAGUCCCCACAGCGAACAGCAAUUACCCCAAGAAGCACCCGACGUGCACGUAUUGUCAUCACCCAAUUCUUCCACCUGAUAUCCCAGUUUGUAAAGAGGACAAGGCUAACACGAUGCACGAUAUUUGCAGAGAACUAUAUUUCGACGAAGCGGAAGAAAGUUCUUUGGAAAACGAUCAACUCACACUGGAUGAAACAAGCAUUCGUCGCGAAUAUUGUAUUCACGGGACUUCGAACGAUAAAUCCUUCGACGAGGGCCAAUGUGAUAGGAAAUCACCACAUUUUUCAAAUCAAAGAAAAGUAGACCCGAAGAGAACAAUAUUAUCCACUCGGCAUAUCUCAUGUUGGGAUGAUACAGACAGUUCAAGUGGUGAUAGCUACCCAAGCUUUCAGGUUGACGAUACCUCAGACUCUGAGUCUUUCGAAUCUCCAAAAUCUAACCUUAUCGACGACGAUGAGAAAAACAUCGCAUUGUCACGAACCAUCGAGUCGCCACUCGUACUAUCAAGCCUUGCUACACUUAGUAUUUCGCCACAAAACGAGUUUCGAAAUGCCAAUGAAGACUUCUUGGCCGCCCACCACAGUAGAAUGAAAACGCAAGACGACCAUUGUAUCGUGUAUAUUGAUAUCGACGCAGAUGAGUCCAUACCCUCUGCAGGAAAACAAAUCAGCUCCUCAACGCCUCAACGCCAGGUAGAGAUUGUGGACUUGUGUUCUCCUUGA